AUGGUGGUGGCACACCCCACUGCCACCGCCGCCACCACGCCUGCUGCCACGGCGACGGCCACGGUCGUGAUGGCCACGGCCACCAUGGACCUGCGCGACUGGCUGUUCCUCUGCUACGGGCUCAUCGCCUUCCUGACGGAGGUCAUCGACAGCACCACCUGCCCCUCCGUGUGCCGCUGCGACAACGGCUUCAUCUACUGCAACGACCGGGGGCUCACCGCCAUCCCCGCCGACAUCCCCGACGGCGCCACCACCCUCUACCUGCAGAACAACCAGAUCAACAACGCCGGCAUCCCCCAGGGCCUCAAGGCCAAGGUCAGCGUGCAGGUCAUCUACCUGUACGACAACGCCCUGGACGAGUUCCCCGUCAACCUGCCCCGCUCGCUGCGGGAGCUGCACCUGCAGGACAACAACGUGCGCGCCAUCGCCCGGGCCUCGCUGGCCCGCCUCCCGCUGCUGGAGAAGCUGCACCUGGACGACAACUCCGUGUCCACCGUCAGCAUCGAGGAGGACGCCUUCGCCGACAGCCAGCGGCUCAAGCUGCUCUUCCUGAGCCGCAACCACCUGAGCAGCAUCCCCUCGGGGCUGCCCCGCACGCUGGAGGAGCUGCGGCUGGACGACAACCGGAUCUCCACCAUCCCGCUGCACGCCUUCAAGGGCCUGCACAGCCUCCGGCGCCUGGUGCUCGACGGCAACCUGCUGGCCAACCAGCGCAUCGCCGACGACACCUUCAGCCGCCUGCAGAACCUCACCGAGCUCUCGCUGGUGCGCAACUCGCUGGCCGCCCCGCCCCUCAACCUGCCCAGCGCCCACCUGCAGAAGCUCUACCUGCAGGACAACGCCAUCAGCCACGUCCCCUACAACACGCUGGCCAAGAUGCGCGAGCUGGAGCGCCUGGACCUGUCCAACAACAACCUCACCACGCUGCCCCGCGGCCUGUUCGACGACCUGGAGAACCUGGCCCAGCUGCUGCUCCGGAACAACCCCUGGUUCUGCGGCUGCAACCUCAUGUGGCUGCGGGACUGGGUGAAGGCGCGGGCGGCCGUGGUCAACGUGCGCGGCCUCAUGUGCCAGGGCCCCGAGAAGGUGCGGGGCAUGGCCAUCAAGGACAUCACCAGCGAGAUGGACGCGUGCUUCGAGGCGGGGCCCCAAGGCGGCGCGGCCCACGCGGCCGCCAAGACGACCGCCGGCCACCACGCCUCCGCCACCACGCCCCAGGGCUCGCUCUUCACCCUCAAGGCCAAGAGGCCGGGCCUGCGCCUUCCCGACUCCAACCUGGACUACCCCAUGGCCACGGGCGAGGGCGCCAAGACCCUGGUCCUCCACGUGAAGCCCCUGACGGCGGACUCCAUCCGCAUCACGUGGAAGGCCACGCUCCCCGCCGCCUCCUUCCGGCUCAGCUGGCUGCGCCUGGGCCACAGCCCGGCCGUGGGCUCCAUCACAGAGACCCUGGUGCAGGGGGACAAGACGGAGUACCUGCUGACGGCCCUGGAGCCCAAGUCCACCUACAUCAUCUGCAUGGUCACCAUGGAGACGGGCAACACCUACGCGGCCGACGAGACGCCCGUGUGCGCCAAGGCGGAGACGGCCGACAGCUACGGCCCCACCACCACCCUCAACCAGGAGCAGAACGCCAACCCCAUGGCCGGCCUGCCCCUGGCGGGCAUCGUGGGGGGCGCGGUGGCGCUCGUCUUGCUCUUCCUGGUCCUGGGGGCCCUCUGCUGGUACGUGCACCGCGCCGGGGACCUGCUGAGCCGGGAGCGGGCCUACCCCCGGGGCGGCCAGAAGGGCAGCUACCUGGAGUCGGGGACCAAGAAGGACAACUCCAUCCUGGAGGUCCGAGGCCCGGGGCUGCAGAUGCUGCCCAUCAACCCUUACCGCGCCAAAGAGGAGUACGUGAUCCACACCAUCUUCCCCUCCAACGGCAGCAGCCUGUGCAGGGGCACGCACACCGUCGGCUACGGCACCACGCGGGGCUACCGUGGCGGCGGCAUCCCCGACAUAGACUAUUCCUACACAUGA